GAACGCAGCGAGCGUGCGUUUCCACUAAUGCAGGCUCGCACAAGCCCCGGUGGUCUAAGUUCCUCACCCUCUCAUCUCCCCUGCUAGAAUACACCGAGUACCUCGCCUUCCCAGCGGACCUGCGCGAGCACCUGCGCCCCGCCAUCGGUCGCGACGGCCCCCGGAGCUCCUCGACGCUGCGCGCGUCGCAGGGCGGCGCCGCUGGCCGGGACGGAGGUACCGUGGGCGGAGCGGGUGGGGCAUGUGCCGCCCGGCUGGCUCGCGGUGGUGGCGGAGGCCGCUGACUUUGGGUUCGACAUGAUGAUGCUGGCGGGGGCGCGACAGCGAGGCGCGGCUCGCGGCGGCGUUGGAGCUCGAUUCGACCAUGCUGGAGGAGCAUGCCCGGAGGGAAGCCCCAGAGGCGGAGCUCAUCGUACGCGGUGGUGGUGGUGGCGGCGGAAGGGAGGAGGAGUUCGGGCGGGCGAGCGGGAGCAGGAGCGACACCGCGAGGAGGGCGGUGAUGCGGCAGCGCACCGUCGGGGUUGGGGAUUGGGGACCCAGAGGGUCAUCUUAUCACCUUGUGCAGCCAACCAAAUAUGAGUAUAGCAAAUCAGGAUAUCUUUAGCCACCCAACUAAACACGAGCACUUUGCAUUGGUUUAGCUUGGUCAAAAUUGGUCUGGGUUAGAGUUAGCCUGGAACUAGUGCAGCCUACCAAUCACUACCAUAGUGUUUUCAAGUGACUGCUAAGUGGUCAGUACUCCCAUUUUAACACUUCAGGUGAAAUAGAUAGAAAAUGAUUUGGCGUCGUCCCUCAAUGGAAAGGUCAAAACAGAGUACUCACAACUUGCCUGUAGGCUGUAGCCUUCGUAUGGUUUAGAAUGUUUUAUGUCAUUUUUUUGCCACGUCGUGCCAUGACUUGCCCAGUAUAAUUUAUGGCCUGCUUUUAUUUUAUCAGAUAAUGCCCAGUAUUUCCUGAGCUACCUACCACGUUUGGUGCCAUAAGAUUUUCUUUUUCAUCCAGUACAUAAUUUGUGGCCUAUUUUACCAGUAAAUGCCAGUACUUUCUUGAAUCUUGAGUUAUCAAGUUGGUUUCAUAAGUUCUUUUUAUUCUCUUUAUUGGUGGCUUUUGUUGGGUUUCUGAAAGGCUUUGUUGUUGUAUAGUCUUUUAAAAGCAAAAUAGGAAUCCACUUCAGAAAACAUGGAGUCCUUGUAUGGAUUGUUUUUUUAUUGCUGCUGUUGUGUUAGUCAUGUUCUUUUCUCAUUCUAUUCUUGUGGUGUUGCCAAAUAGGUCAUAGCUUUGCCUCUGCUACAGAGACCACUAUUUCCAGGAUUUCACAUGCCAAUCUAUGUAAAGGACCCAAAGCUGUUGCAAGCUUUAGUCGAAAACAGCAAAAGAUCUGGUCCAUAUGCUGGGGCUUUUCUUGUCAAGGAUGACGAAGGUACCAACCCUCAUACUGUGACCAGUUCAGAAUCAGAUAAUAGCAUUCAUGUUUUGAAAGGAACAGAAUUGUUGAAGCGUCUUCAUGAUGUUGGCACGCUUGCCCAGAUAACAAGAAUUCAAGGGAAUCUGGUGGUGCUUCUUGGUCACCAUCGUGUACGGAUAACUGAGAUGGUUGCAGAGGACCCACUUACAGUCAAAGUUGAUCAUCUAAAGGAAGUGCCUUAUGAUAAGGAUGAUGAUGUCAUAAAGGCAACAUCUUUUGAAGUUAUAUCAACUUUAAGAGAUGUUCUCAAGAUAAGCUCCCUAUGGAAGGAUCAAGUUCAAACCUAUACCCAGCAUAUGGGUGACUUCAACUACCCAAGACUAGCAGAUUUUGGUGCUGCUAUUUCAGGUGCCAACAAGUUGCUUUGCCAGAAAGUUCUUGAAGAGUUAGACGUAUGCAAACGGUUGAAGUUGACCCUUGAGUUAGUAAAGAGGGAGUUAGAGAUUAGUAAGUUGCAGGAAUCCAUAGCAAAAACAAUUGAAGAAAAAGUAACUGGAGAGCAGCGCCGCUACUUGUUGAAUGAGCUACUUAAAGCAAUUAAGAAGGAGUUAGGAUUGGAGACAGAUGAUAAAACAGCAUUGUCAGAAAAAUUUAGGAAAAGGAUUGAAGCAAAAAAAGAUAAGUGCCCUCCUCAUGUCUUGCAAGUCAUUGAAGAGGAGCUCACUAAGCUCCAGUUGUUAGAAGCUAGCUCCAGUGAGUUUAGUGUGACCCGCAAUUAUUUAGACUGGCUAACAGUAUUGCCUUGGGGAGAUUACAGCGAUGAAAACUUUGAUGUCCACCAUGCUCAACGUAUUCUUGAUGAAGAUCACUAUGGUCUAGCCGAUGUCAAAGAAAGAAUAUUGGAAUUCAUAGCAGUUGGAAAGUUGAGAGGAAGUUCACAAGGCAAGAUUAUAUGCCUUUCUGGGCCACCUGGAGUUGGUAAAACUAGCAUUGGACGUUCCAUUGCACGUGCAUUAAACCGGAAGUUCUACAGAUUCUCUGUUGGAGGCUUGGCUGAUGUAGCAGAAAUCAAGGGUCAUCGGCGGACGUAUGUUGGAGCAAUGCCAGGGAAGAUGGUGCAAUGUUUGAAAUCAGUCGGGACAGCAAAUCCUCUAGUUCUGAUAGAUGAAAUUGACAAGCUAGGGAGAGGGCAUUCAGGUGAUCCAGCCAGUGCACUAUUGGAACUUCUUGAUCCUGAACAGAAUGCUAACUUUCUUGAUCACUAUCUUGAUGUCCCUAUUGACCUAUCCAAGGUUCUGUUUGUUUGCACUGCAAAUGUCAUAGAGAUGAUACCCAGUCCUCUACUGGACAGGAUGGAGAUAAUUUCUAUUGCCGGUUAUAUCACUGACGAGAAGAUGCAUAUUGCUAGGGAUUACCUGGAAAAGAACACAAGGGAGGCUUCUGGCAUCAAGCCUGAGCAGGUUGAGGUCACAGAUGAUGCUCUUCUUGCUCUAAUUGAAAACUAUUGCCGGGAAGCUGGUGUGCGGAACCUUAAAAAACAUAUUGAAAAGAUUUACCGGAAGAUAGCUUUGAAGCUUGUUCGUCAAGGGUUAUCAAAUGAACCACCUCGAGAUAUCACAAUAGUGGAAGCAAAUGAAGAGCCAGCUAGUUUUGAUGUUGCAACAAAAGUAGAAGAUGAGAAUUCCAAGAAAUCUCUUGCCAAAGAUGCUUCAGUGGAUGUGCACCCAACUGAUUCUUCUCUUGAGAAUAUUAAUGUAGUUCCUUUAACAACAGAAUCAGCAGUUGGCCACAAUGAGCAUUCAAAUGAAGCUCCAACAGAAAAAAUUUUAGAAGAGACAGCUAAAGUAUUUAAUACUUCUAGCACACCAGAGGCCAACGAAAGCGUACAGAGAACUACGGAGGCACUUAUAGACAUACCUGUGGAGAAAAUUAUUGUCAAUGCAUCAAAUCUGGGUGAUUUCGUUGGCAAGCCUGUGUUCCAAGCAGAGCGUCUAUACGAUCAGACUCCUGUUGGAGUUGUAAUGGGUUUAGCUUGGAAUUCCAUGGGUGGUUCGACCUUGUAUAUUGAGACAGCAAAAGUAGGGGAAAGUGAAGGCAAGGGCGCACUUGUGGUGACAGGCCAACUUGGAGAUGUCAUGAAAGAGAGUGCUCAAAUUGCGCAUACAGUUUGCAGAGCUGUAUUACUAGAGAAAGAACCAAAUAAUUCCUUUUUUGCAAAGUCAAAGCUGCAUUUGCACGUUCCUGCAGGGGCAACCCCAAAGGAUGGGCCAAGCGCUGGAUGCACGAUGGUUACAUCGAUGUUGUCCUUAGCCAUGGGGAAGUCUGUCAAGAAAGACUUAGCGAUGACCGGUGAAGUCACUCUGACUGGACGAGUUCUGCCAAUCGGUGGGGUGAAGGAGAAAACUAUCGCUGCCAGGAGAAGUGGGGUAAAGACAAUCAUAUUCCCAUCAGCAAACAGAAGGGACUUCGACGAGCUUGCUUCCAAUGUAAAAGAAGGUCUUGAAGUCCACUUUGUUGACAAAUACAACGAAAUAUACGAUAUAGCUUUUACGAGUGAUGCCGAGAGCCCGAGACACAAGAAAGCUAGUGGUUGAUGGUUCAGACUCAUUUUGCAUUUCAAUUCUUGGAGACAAGAAAUGCUCAAGCAUUCAGUUUUCAUCAAGAUCGGAUAAUGGCUGACCUUAGAGAAAUGUUUAUAUCCCUUACAAUUCUUUUUACACAUCUGGCGACAUGGGAAUGAAAGAGAAUUCUGGCAAGAGCGAACUACUGACAAGAUAGUUUGACAAGUUGUAAAAAAAUUAUGUGUCCUCCCUGUAAAUUAACUAUUAUGCACAAGUUCAGAAAGACAAACAAUGAGAAUGCAGAAGUGUAGUCAUCCUCUGACUUGUAUUGUAGCGGAAUUCCCUGGGCUGGUGCAUACAUAAACUGGUCAUUCCUUCGGCCAUUUCAAUGGCAUUAGCUGACAUUUAUUUGA